UAGCGUACUGGGCAACAGGUUCCCGUUAGUUGUCAUCAAAUCUAGCCCUGAAAAAUGUAUCGCAAAGAAAAGCCAGUUGUAAUCAAAGGUAGCACGUCUGCUUUACCAAACAAUCUUAGCAUUCUUGCAACCCCAGAGAAGGGUUCACUGAACUAUGCUGUCGUGCACAAGUCGACUGUCAACCUGGUAACUGCUACAACCGACGGAACCACAGUCACCGGGAGACAGGUCGUUUGCAAGGAGCCCACCGCCACCCAAGGCAGUCCUUUCAUUACCCAGGUAAAAUGGAUUAUCCUGCCAGUGAGGACUGUCCUGAUACUGACAUCACAGAGGGGUAUACAGAUGUUUGAACCUGAUGGCUCUGUGAUGAUAUACUGGCAUGCUCUCAGUGACUCUGGUGACAGCAGUAAUUUUGGUCGUGGCAUCUCAGGAGUUGGAGAUAAUUUUAUAUGUGUCGGGACUGAAAGUGGGCAGAUCUUGGUGUUCAACAUGCCCCCCAAAGGAACAAAUAUAACCUACCAGGAAGCUCUCAAAGCGCACACAUGCGCCAUCUGUGACUUGGCCUCGGAGAAGGAGAUGAUGGUGAGCGGGGACGAGAGGGGCAGCAUCUACGUGUGGAAGGCAGCAGGGCAGCAGCUGCAACAGACUCUCAAGAUCGCAGGAGGGGGGAGCCCAUGCAGCAGCAUAGCUCUGUGGCGGGGUAUCAUCGUGGGAGGAUACGGUUCCGGCCACCUGCGUGUCUACAGUGCAGCAAGUGGAAAGAUAGGUGCAGAGGUCACCGCACAUGCUCGAUGGAUCAAUGCCAUUGACAUAUCUCAGGAAAAUGGAAUGGUGUUGUCCGUGAGUGACGAUGCAUCUUUCCGAGUAUGGAAGCUAAAGGAGGGAACUGUGCCACAGAUACAGUACAAACACACAGACAGUGUGACUGAUGUACAGCUUGUCGGGGGUCAGUUUGUUGACGGUCAAGGGAGAGCACUGUGUCUCACUGGCUAUGACUGCAGCGAGAUAGUGUUCUUUGUCCAGUGCUAAGUUCAUCACUCUCCGUCCAGUAUCAUUAUUUAGCUUUAGUCCGGUGUGCAAUUAGAUGUCGAUUAUCUCUGAAGUCCCAACUGUGCAAUUCCAAUUGAGAAGGAGAAUAUCUAGGUAUAUCUAGGUGUGAAUGAGUACCUACCAUUUCUUUGGUUAUCUGUUGCUUCAUUGUUCGUUGUAUACCUGAGUCAUUAAUUUGCUUUACUUAAACUAGCGGAAAAUACUGUAAGAAAUGAGCACAAAGCUUUAGGCAGCCAUGCAGGGUAGUUGUUUGAUACAAAGCAAGAAUAAUAGUCUUAAGGGUUCCACUAGCCCUUUGAAAAUUCACAACUAGCCGUGGGCCAACGUCAUUACCUAAUGAGUUUGUAUACACUGCAUUUCUCCACGGAUACAUACAGCCGAUGUAUGGUGUCGUAGAGGCAUUUGUCUUUUUUAGACAUCAAUAUGAUUGAUAUGAGGUCACAUGAACCCUACUCUGGGCAUGAACUUUGUGAACCCGGCUGGGGCGGGUCCAAAUGUACUACCCAGUUACCCGACCCCCUAUUACCUGACCCUACCCGGGUACCAGCUGUAGGUCUCAAGAGUUGCGUAUAAAAUGUCUAAUUGGGAAUACUUUUUGGCAAAAGGUAUUUAAAUAUUAAACAAUCUUGUCAUGCGUUCACUGUAGUUGACUGAAGUCUUAUCUUUAUUCAAAAAUAUAAAAGUCAGAAGUAUUGUGUGCAUAGUCAGAAAGAAAUGCAGACAUUUGUGAACUUUUGUCUUUAUGAAUAUAUCAUGUUGACUAGACACGGGUCAGGGUAGUCCUGUGGGUACCUGGGUCCUACUCAGUACCCCCCCCCCCCCCCCCCAACCGGAGAACCAGAGUUACCCGUCCCAGCCUUAAACCCUACUAGCAAUGUGGAGAGUAUAUGGGCACAUGGCUUAUAGGGCUUGGACGAGUUCAGAUUUACUACUACCCGGGUACCCGAUCCCCUUUUACCCGGCCCUACUCGGGUACCCACUGCAGGUCUGAAUAGUUGGGGACAAAAUGUCUGAUUGGGAAUCAGACCAGAUCGCAGCCCUGGCAAAAUCUAUUUUAGAUACAUGUAUCAAAUACUGAAGUUGGCUGAAGCUUUAUCUUUACUCAGACAUAUACAAGUCAGAAAGAAAUAUAAACAUUAGCGACUUGUGGUGUAACCACUGGGCUGUAGUGAGUUUUUGUGAUCAAACAAUAUAUCAUGUGAUUAACCGUGGGUCCGGGUAGUCCUGUGGGAACCACCCGACCCGAGUACCCGAGUUACCCGUCCCAGCCCUUACAUGUCACAUGUCACAUGAAAUAUUGACGUUUGUACAAUGUAGUUUUAGUGCUCAUUGGUUUCAACACUUAUAGGGUUUGUAUGGUAAACAUGGUUACUACAAAGUGGCCUUACAAGUACCUGAGUAAUAGAGUCUUCAAAACCUGUGAAGUAUUGAUGAAGGCCGUCCGAGAUCUUGUCACUGUAUCAGCUUCAAGUAAACUACUGUUUCAUGGCUGUUGCAGCAUCUUAAUGCUUUUUCACUGCAAGUUUUUUAUUGGAAAGACUGGAAUAAUUUCCAAAAUCUUUCCAAAAUCUUUCCAAAAUCCUUUUCAUAUUGUCCUCCCCACAGGAUGUCUUUCACAUGGGGACAGUUGCUUCAGCUGAAUGGCAAGUGCUAGUGUACACCAGAGACACAUAGCUUGAAGUAGUAAUGUUAUAACCUUCCUGUUUCUGUAUCAAUGUUAUUCUAUGAUAAUGCUCUUUAUGUAUAUUGUCAUGGUUCAAACUAAAUAUUCUUAUCAAAUGUUGAGCAGUAAAACUAGAAUUGAUCUCUCGGGUGUAAAAACAGGAACAAACUGGAUGUUUGAGGGUCAGUCAUUUGUUGUCAUGUUCUGGGCAAAAUACAAGGGUCACAAAUCAGGUGGGAUAUUUUUCAACAUUCCUGAAGGAGCGUACACAGAUGGGGGACACCUAAAAACUCCUUAGUGUUAGCCCUGCUACACUCUAAAUUACAAGUUGUAUGUCCUUAGUGACUGAGGGGACACGGGUAGCCCAGUCGUCUAAGGCGCCAAAUUCGUUGUGCAGAGUUGAGUCCCUUGGACACACCAGAAACCAAUGAUUGUGGGUUCAAAUCCUGGUUUGCUCCGAUUAUGUUUCUAGGUUUGUCAGCACCAUACCCAUGCUUGUGGGUUUUACCGAAAUGGUAAACGUCUAAUAUGUCACUUUGUCAAAAGCGGCGUAAAACCAUACUCACUCACUGACUGUAAGCUUUGAACAUGCUUCAAUGUGGAGUCUAAGGCUAUAUUAAUGGACAUUUAUUGUUAUUAAUGUAUUGUUUUGAGUAGCAGCAUUUGAAUCAAUGUUUUGUCAACUGGAAUAUAAAAGAGUUAUGUAAUGUUGAAUAUUGUUUACAAAAACUGUGAUAUUGAACUAUUUUAUUACAGCAAGGGUUGUUAGUAUUGUGACUGUUGUGUGUGAAUCUCUGUAGAUUGAGGGAUAACAUUGUUUUCUAUUCUCAGUUUUGUACUAAUCUUCAUUUUGCACUUUGUCACAGGACAUAUUUUGUUCAGUUUACAAGAAGCACCCAUCAUAUUCUUUAUGGAGGUAAAGUGAUUGUGAUUCACCCACCAAUUGACCUAUUCCCGCCUUACUAUUAUCCUAC